UAUGCUUGCUGUCGUUUUUUGGUCUUCUCAUAACAUUGGCGUUUAUCCAAUCGGAUUGCGUGAUUCUCGUCUUUGUUGUAUCGUAAUUUCUAAUAAUUUGAUUGUUUUCUUAAGAUCGCUGACCACAAUUGGAACUUACUAUUCGUAGAAUUACCACGGAAAACACUUUUCAUGCUAUUUGGGAUCACCAGAAAAAUUCUUGAAGAAGUACGCGCCAUGCGCAUUGCGUAUUGUGAACACCACGCUGUUGUCAACACAGAUAAUAUCAACGUUCUCGUGAAUGGAAUAAUGACGACGAAUGCAAUUGCUUAGCGAAAGAAGUCGUCAUGGGAAUAGUACUUUAUAAACAGUUAGUUCAAUAACUGAAUCAUAUCCACUUAAUCCUACAGUUGGGUUCCUGCUGCGUAUAAGUAAAGAAUCCAUUGUUCGCGAUCAUCAAUUCAAUAAGAGUAGAAUGAUAUUGGUAGACCAUCGAAUGGUUCUCAAACUGUUCAAUUUGUUCUAUUUUGUCGCAAGACCUCUUGUGAAGUGGUUCUUGCACCGUUUUACCAACCUAUGCGAGUUGCAGCGAAUAUGUUACGGAUGUCCACCGGGGGCACUCCGGACCAGGAAAGUGCAAACGUCUUUGGAACUUUCCAGAAGACCGAAGAUUAAGCAAAUGGUUAUAAUUCUCAAUCAGCUAGUGACCACAGAAGUCGAAGAAUCGUUCCUGAAGGAAGAAAUUCAAGUACGUUCAAUUGGAACGGUGCUACAAGUAAAAAAGAUAAAUCCGAAAGUACACGUGGAUUUCCCCCGUUCGUUCGGAGUAUGUGCGGAAAAAAUAUGGGGCUAUAAGAGGCUAUGUUAUCAAAUAGAACAGGACAGAAGCACGCAAUACGAUUGCAAGGAUGCGGAGCAUGAAAGAAAAUUGCUAGGUCUAUGGAAAUUGUUAAUGGGAGACGAUGAAAAAUUAAAGAGCCGUGUGUCCGAUCAAUGGCAGGAUAUAGGAUUUCAGGGUGACGACCCAAAAACAGACUUUCGCGGUAUGGGCGUACUGGGUUUGGACAAUCUAGUCUAUCUGGCACGCGAGUAUAAUGGAACCGCUCGGCAUUUACUAUCCCACUCACACCAUCCAACGCACGGAUAUUUCUUUGCCAUCGUUGGUAUCAACCUAACAUCGAUGGCAUAUCAUUUACUUGAGUCGGGACAAGCACGAAAUCAUUUCUACAAUCAACCCCGAUUGUCAGUAGAUGUGUUCCACCAGUUUUACUGUUAUCUGUUUUUUGAAUUCGAUCGCUACUGGGUUGAAUGCAAACCAAAAAACAUAAUGGACUUCAGCUGGAUACAGAAGAAAUUCGAGGAAAACAUAAAAAAUCUGCUGAAAAACGAUGGAUGCUGUUUCAAAAUGAACCUAUCGGUAGAAAAUAUAUGAGUUAUUCACCAUGGAGUCAUCACAAUGUCGGUUAAUGUCGGUAGCAAAUAAAUUCGAGACAGGUGUACGCUUUGAUUAGGUAGUAAAAUGUAAAAGGGCUGAUUCAACAGAUGCUGUUUAGGCUCGCGAUAUAAAAAAAUUAAAAUAAUUGCACAAGUUUGAUUUACAAGGAAGUUUUUUUUACGUGUUACAUUUCAUGAAUAAAUAUUCAUUCGUUUUUGUUAUUGUUAGUUCAACAUUUCAUUCCUCAUCAAUUUUGCAACAGGCAAUUAAUGACCCAACAACACCGACGAUGCCGAAUCAAUGGAUGAAAACGUGGUACGUGAGCCACUAACUCCGCAGCCUUGAAAUUAAAUUAAAUAAGAUCCAGUGACGGAAUAAAACUAGUUUUAUUCACAUACAUAUAUAAGGAUUAGUCAGCUUCUGUUUAACCUACUGCCGUGAACAAAUAAAAUUUUAUAAUUGAAAUUUUGA